AUGUUGCGUCAGCUACACGACGGCUCUAUGAUGGAACGCGUCACAGAAAAUGAAGUCGUCUCUGAGUCAUUCGCUAUGACCAACGGAGUCAAGCAGGACUGCAUCCUCUUCAGUCGCAUGUUCUCUGCCAUGAUGAUGGACGCCUACCGUGCGAAUGUCCCGAGAUCCGCCUUGCCUACUGGACGGAAGGCCAAUUCCUCAAUCCUUGGUGAAUACGCUUUCAGCCGCGUGUAUUCACAACUAUCGCUAACAAGCUUCUAUUUUGGACAGUUGUGCUCUCGCAGCGCCAAAAAUCGACGACAAAGUGGCCCACCGCAUUGCCAAGGCCAACCAAGUCUUCGACCGUCUACGAAACACAGUUUGGAAUCGACACAGUACACGCAUCAGAACCAAAUUGCGGGUGUACAAAGCGGUCAUCCUGCCGACGCUGCCUCAUGGAGCGGAGACCUGAACGGUGUGCAAGAAGCGGGCGCUCAGUCUCAAUCACUUCCACCUCAGUUGUCCUCGACGAAUAUUAAAGCUGAGGUGGCAGGUCUAGAUCCAGGACACGGACGUACUGGAACGGACAGGAAUCCCUAG